AGGUAGAUAGUAUACAUAUAAUAUUUGACGAAAGCAAGAAAGGAAAUUCUAGUGCAGUCUAAUGCAGGAAUGAAAGACAGUUAUAAUUCACCUGAAAACAAGCCAGUACAACGAUAAAAAACAGACCUAUUGGCAGUGGCCAAAUUGGUCUUGUGGAGGUGGGAGAUUCGGAAUUCGGUCGGAUCUGUGUCAUGUCAGUUGAUUUGGACUUGCUCAAUUUGCCAUUUGCUAAUUUCGAGGAGGGGUUAAAGGCACAAAAAAUCCACUACCCGGUGGAAUAACAUACCAAAGUCGUCCAGAUUUGCUUACAUCCAGAGCGUUCACGACAGUAGGAGACUUUAUUCUCGGGACAAAUGCCGAAAAAUAAAGGCAAAAAUGCAUUUUUUUUCUUCAUGGCCCAUUGGAAGAAACGCGAGGAAGCACAUGGCCGCACAUUUCCUAAUGGAUUCAAAGACGUUCAACAGGAUCCGGAGUGUAACGCGGAAUGGCAGAGUUUAACUAAGCAAGAAAAAGGCAAUUUUGAAUCUAUGGCCAAAAAUGAUAAAGUUGCAUCCCAAAUAUCAGCCAAAGACAAGAAAACGUCACUUGGAGAAUCACUAAUUAUGCUUCAACAGAAAGAACAGGAAGCACUGAUGUUUCUGAAAAAUAUGCAGGAAAACAUAAAAGUAAUAAUCGACACAGCUGUAAAUCUUAAUUUUUUGGCAGAACUGAAGUUUUGUUUUGUACAUGUUAACUGGUUUUUCUCUAUGAUUGUUAACAAUACUCUUGAAUAUUUUCCUGCCGAAUAUACAUUUGGAGUUUUUUCAUUAAAAAAUGGUAUAGAAGAUGUACAUCAUAUUAUUGUCAGUGCUAAGAUUCCAUUAGGAUAUAGACGGGAAGCACUGGAGAUAAGUCAGAACAGUCAUAAAAUACCUGUUGAAUAUGAAGGUGGUGAGACUGACUUUGCUGUUAUGUAUGACAAACUAGCAAAUUUUCUAGAAUCUAGGAAACUUGUGGAUCAAUAUCCUUAUCUUUAUACAAGGAAAGCUUUCACACGAGAAGCACAAUCCUUGAUAGCAAAACUGUGUGAUGCAGCACACCAAGAUAAAGAACAAUUUAAAAUUUAUGAAUUGGAAUCGUUGUUCGUACAUUUGGCAAAUGAAUUAUUCAAAACAAGAAAAGAUCGAGUUAUGGAUUCAAUUCCUAUUUAUGCUCACAAAAUAUUUGAAAAUUACACGUACCGAUUUGAUAAAGGAUUUGAAUGUCAUUUUCAUAAAUACGUUGAUGAAGGGCCUGAAUACUGUAGUAAAUCUGUACUGCAACAAUGGGCAUGGACACUGUGCGAUGAGUUUUGUGCACCACUUAAUAUCAAGAUGCAACCAGGAGUACAUCAGCCUGAUAGAUUUAAAUCUAAUCAUUUCGAGGAGCGAAGUUUGAUGUCGAUGAUGAGCAACUUGCAAGUCAAAGAUGUUCAAUCGACAUCUGGAACUGAUGGAGUUUUAUCUAUGACAGGCGUAAGUGAGCAACACAGACGGAAAGUUUCCAGUAGAACAUAUCAAGAAGAUAUGCGUCGUCGAAGUGAAUCAACACCGGUACAAAUGAUUGAUUGUAGUAAAUUUCAAGACGGUACUAGUACAUCUAAUAAUGAAUCUUCUAUUACCAAGUCUGCUAGCAAAUCUGCUAUUAAAAAAAGGACUGAAUACUUAAAUGAAAAACCAUUGCGACCUCCAAAUGUUGAUCCACGUAUGUAUAUUACUUCCGUCGAAGAUUUAAUUCCAACGGAUGAUGAGAACUUUCCUCCUAUUGGAGGAAGAGGCGUGUCGAACAGAUCUCGUACUUUCCAAUCAAGAAAGGCGCCUUUAGGCAAAGGACAAGGACACACAUAAGCAUAUUUUUGGAUGAUUAAAGGAAGUAUAUUGUGGCAUCUACAAUUUACGGAAUAAGCCAUAAACCGUAAGAAAUUGACCAAUCAUAAUCGAUCAUUUUCCUUACAUUUGAUUAUAGUUAAUUUUUACGGCUUGCAACUUACUCCGCAUAUUGUAGACGCACAACAGAUCUGACACGUCAUUUGAUGAGCUUCAAUAACGAUAUUUGAUAACCUUAACGUACAUAAAUCAUAUAUAUUAUCAUUUAGUUUAAGAUGAAUGUCACAAUAUCAAAGCGAUUUUAUUUUUAUUUAACAGAGGAACUUAUAUAAAAAUUUUUAUGUUUAUG